AGCCGCAGAGGAGCAGCAGCAGCGCGGUUCGGAGUAACUCCAAGUGAUGCGGGGACCACAGCCCGAGAGCAGCACGCGCUCCUGCAGACGCCAGCCCCGCCGCACUCAGGUCGACCAUGGUUGCCGCCACCCGCUCCCUCCUGGCGCUGCUGCUCUGCCGGGUGCUGCUGGGCGGCGCGGCCGGCCUCAUGCCGGAGGUGGGACGGCGGCGCUUCAGCGAGCCGGGCCGCGCCGCCUCGGCCGCGCAGCGCCCCGAGGACCUCCUGGGCGAGUUCGAGCUGCGCCUGCUCCACAUGUUCGGGCUGAAGCGGCGGCCCAGCCCCGGCAAGGACGUCGUCAUCCCCCCCUACAUGCUGGACCUUUACCGCCUGCACGCCGGCCAGCAGCUGGGUUACCCGCUGGAGAGGGCCGCCAGCCGCGCCAACACCGUGCGCAGCUUCCACCACGAAGAAGUUUUGGAAGAACUGCCAGAAACAAGUGGGAAAACAGCACGACGUUUCUUCUUUAAUUUAACUUCCAUCCCUAAUGAGGAGUCUAUCACCUCAGCUGAACUCCAGAUUUUUCGGGAGCAGGUGCACGAAGCCUUUGAGAGCAACAGCAGCUACCAUCACCGUAUUAAUAUUUAUGAAAUUAUAAAACCAGCCACAGCCACCUCUAAGGACCCUGUCACAAGACUUUUGGACACCAGGUUGGUGCACCAUAAUGCGAGUAAAUGGGAAAGUUUUGAUGUAACGCCAGCUGUUUUGAGGUGGAUUGCACACGGACAACCUAAUCAUGGGUUUGUGGUGGAGGUGGUUCACUUGGACAAAGAGAACAGUGCCUCCAAGAGGCACGUUAGGAUUAGCAGGUCUUUACAUCAGGACGAAGAUAGCUGGUCUCAGCUCAGGCCGUUGUUAGUGACGUUUGGGCAUGAUGGCAAGGGACACCCGCUUCAUAAAAGAGAAAAGCGUCAAGCGAAACACAAACAGCGUAAACGCCACAAAUACAGUUGCAAAAGGCAUCCGUUGUAUGUGGACUUCAAUGAUGUGGGGUGGAAUGACUGGAUUGUUGCCCCGCCGGGGUAUAGUGCCUUUUACUGCCAUGGGGAAUGUCCUUUUCCGCUGGCAGAUCACCUAAACUCAACAAACCAUGCCAUUGUUCAGACUUUGGUCAAUUCAGUGAAUUCCAAAAUCCCCAAGGCUUGCUGUGUGCCGACAGAACUGAGUGCUAUUUCAAUGCUCUACCUUGACGAGAACGAAAAAGUUGUACUAAAGAACUAUCAAGAUAUGGUUGUGGAGGGUUGUGGGUGCCGCUAACACAGCAAAUAUAUCGGACAAAUGCAAAAAAGAAAAAAAAAAAAAAGCUGACACUUUAAUAUUUCCCAAUGAAGACUUUAUUUAUGUAAUGAAAUGGAAAGAAAAAAAAAAAACACAACUAUUUUGAAAAUAUAUUUAUGUCUACGGAAAGGUUGGGAAAACAAAUAUUUUAAUCAGAGAAAUAUUCCUUUAAAGAUUUUAAAUGUAUUUUAGUUGUACAUUUUAUAUGGGUUUAACCCCCAGCACAUGAAGUAUAAUGGUCAGAUUCUUAUUUUGUAUUUAUUUACUAUUAUAACCACUUUUUAGAAGAAUAGCUAAUUUGUAUUUAUAUGUAAUCAAAAAGAAAAAAAAUAUAGGGUUUGUACAUAAUUUUUCAAAAUUGUAGCUGUUUCAAUCGCGUGUAUUUAAGUUGAAGAGAAGACACGGAAGGUUACCAUGGCAAAGUGCAUAGCACAUUUGCUUUCUGCAGUGCUACUGUUAAGGUCACAAGUUCAAGUCCAGAAAAAAGUGGAUAAUCCACUCUGCUGACUUUCAAGAUUAUUAUAUUGUACAAUUCUCAGGAAUGCUGCAGGGUGGGCUGUCCAAUCCAUGAGAACUGGCAUCCUCCUUAGGUGGAACAUUUGGAUAAGAACCAGACGUUGCUGAUCUAGUAUAAAUACUACUAUUCCUGACUAAUUUGCAGAGUGAAUAUAAGAAGGGCCAACAGAAAUCCCAGGGGAGGUGGGGGUGGGGGAAGAGCAAAUCCUUUCUAGACCUACAGAAAAGCGAAUGUUUGAUGUUUCCUUUAAAAGUCCUUCCUUUAAAAGUCCUGGCCAAAUAUAAAAUAAUAAAAACUCAAAUGUUAUCUUU